AUGGUUAACCUCCUGAAGGUGGUCCUCGCCGCCAACUUGUGCUUCGUGCAGCUCGCCGUUGCCCAUCCCAAGGAGUCAAAGUCGGACACCACGCCAGCCUUUCAGUUUCCUGGCUACCCCAGCGAUCAAAGCUAUGAGUUAGUGUACGUCGAUCCUGAGACCCAUAGUCUGGUCCAUAAAAAGGUCGACGGCGUCAGCAAACGUGGCAGGUACGAAGACCCUGUCGUCUCCAUCAUUCGUAAGAACAAGCCGGAGAAGUUUUGUCGGUCCUACUGCCCUAGUCAGUGUGCCUCGUCAAAGCCGCAAGUAAAGACAAUCAAGUCCACAACAACCGUGUGCACGACGACCACGGCCACCGUGUGCCCUUAUGGAUGCAAGACAACCGUUCUCUCGACUGUCACCGCCCCUCGACCCGUUGCCACCGUGACUAGGGCUUCGACCACGGUCCUGACCAGGCUAUCAACCGUCAGGGCCCCGACGUCCACCAUCCUCACCACGGUCACCGAUACUUCGACCGUCACAGAGGUCACAACAACGACGACAACCUCCGUCAUCCCCAUCGGCUUCAAGGGUGACACACCCGCCCCGCGCGGCCUCGACGAGCGCGACGCCAGGGUUCCCUCCUAUCUCAGGAGGUACUCGCGCCAGCAGAUCUGCAACGCCUGUGCCGCCGUGUACCCCCCUCGGCGCGGCCCGACCCAGACGGUCAAGAAGGUCGUCACAGCCACCAAGACAGCCACCCAAGACGACGACGAAGCGUCCUUCGGCCACCAUCACCAAGGUCUCAACCUUUACGCCGUCACCCACGACCCGCACCAGGACGACGCCCACGACCGUGACGACGACGCGCUUCACAACGACAACGCCCUCAACGACAAGGAUCAUCACCGAACUCACAACGACGACGACGACCGAGGAGGCCACGGCAACAGCCACCAUCUGCGAACGACAACAGCCAAUCACAGCGCCGGGUGCUGCGUCGCCUGCUUCCGGUACCAAGGCUGCCAGAGCUGGGCAUUCCUCAAGGCCCGUGACACCAACUGGUGCACCAUUGUUGUCGAGUUCAACUUCGGCGACGGGACGGCUACUGCUGAGUGUCCCGCUGGCAGGGGAGGCGGCCAGUUUCUGUUCGCGCCGUCCGGGUCGGAAGGCUCUGGGGGGCCUGGGCAGUGUUCGGCUUAA